AUGCAUCGACGCAAAUCCAGCAAAGAAGAGGACGAGAAUCUGCUCAUACUUUCAAAUGGGCCUACUCCCUCUAACGAAAAUGUUCCAGCGAAUAUCCAUAUUCAAGUAAAUGGUCAAAGUCAGACAGAUGGCCUUAUACCUCCCACAACAUCUCGUAGCCGCGUGAGCUCAAGUCCCGCAGGAUUACAUGCUCAUAGCCAUUCAUCUUCCCAAUUACAUCCAAAUCAGCUUCCUCCUCUUCGUACAGGUCUGCCAUUUCCACGCCAGCCUAGCACAAACGGUACAACCAGCCAUCCAACGUCACCAUUCCGUAACUCCUUCUCGAUACCACCACAGCCUCACCUCACUCCAAGCUCUCAAUCAAAUUCACACACGCGUUCGCAUUCGCAUUCUCGCACCCGUUCUGUCUCUGGACCAUUCGUUCCAACUUUGCCCUCACCUCUUUCAACGUCAUUUCCACAUGUCCAUCAGCCUCAAUUGCAUCCCCCAACCAGCAAUGGAUCAUAUGCUUUCCCUACGGCGGGGAACAGUCCUGAGUUGUCCUCGAAUGCAAGUCUCGGUAUGGCCUCAGCUCCUGCACAUGGCAGGCGCCAUUCAAGGCUCCACUCUCGUAAUCUCUCUAUCUUCUUCCCUCGUCCCGGUUCACUUCCGCACUCGACGAUCGCAGAGGACGGCGUAGAAGCAGACAGACCGCCCGAUGUAGAAGCACCAAUCACCCUUAUGCCAUCUGCACAGUCUGAACCUCUUAUCAAUGGUUCACAAAAGCGUUUAGGCGACGGAUUUACCUUCGGUGCGCGUCCACCCAAUUCGGUAUCUCUUGAUUCCGUACAUUCGGCAGUUGGUGGUACACGUAGGGGACAUCAUCACAAGCAUUCCCUUUCCCAUAACUUUUUCUCUUUCCUCGAGCCAGGUUCUCAGCCGUCCGCUGCGGAUUUGCACACUUCGCCGACGCCAGUCCCUACUUCACCAUGGAGUCCCGUAUCCACCAUCUCUCGCUCCGCCAGUUCCUCGACUACAUCUCUAGUCCCGAGUGCUUUAGAUGGGCCGCGUCUCAGGACUACAUCAGACAGCUCGGAAGUCGAGCACCGCGACGUUCCGCCUUCAGUGUCUACUUCUGCCGCUGUGAUCGCUGUAGCGCAGUUCUUCUUGGGUGCGUGGGUAUGGGUUUCAGGCCAGCAAAUUGGCUCGCUGGCGUGUACGGGUCUGGGGUACUGGAUUGUAUUCGAUGCUUUUGGAAUUUCUCUGGCCGAAGUUGUACCUGGAUACCUUGCAGGGAACGAUUUACAGUCCAAGGUACGGAGACCCUAUGGCAAUGGAAGGGUCGAGACAGUGUUUAUGUUCGCUCAGUCGGUAUACUUGAUGUUCGCUUCGGUGUACGUUUGCAAAGAGACUGUGGAGCACUUACUUUUAUCCGCUGGGGAAGGUCAUCACCAUCAUCAUGGAGACGAACUCGCGGAUAAUUUGGGGAUUGAAUUUCCUGUUCUUCUUGUAUUUAUCACGCUCAUUUCAUUGCUGGGCACUUCGCUGUCGUUUAACCACCAUUCGAAGCUAGUCAACAUUGCGGGCAAUCACCUUUCAUCACCUCUUUCUAUCAUUCGCUCCACUUUGAAACCAUACCCGUCAUCAUCAACUUUUAUCCAUCCCUUGCCUACAUCCCGUGCUGGGAUGUUGCUCUCCAAUCCGUUCGCUGUCGCACCUAUAGUAUUUUGCAUAUCAAUCCUUCUAUUUGCUGCAUUUCUCCCUUUAUCGCAAUACCGUCCAUUUGACUUGGGAUUAGCAUCCGUAGAGGCAUUGCUGACCUUCAAUGUGGCGUACAAGGCCUGCGUGGUUCUGGGUACGGUCCUGCUCCAAACGUCUCCAGAUCGCAGCCUAUCAGGAGUCAGGAUGGAUGCCUUCACACGUGCUUUACGAGAGGUCGAAAGACAUCACCAAGUCUUGCAUCUCCCCACACCACACGUCUGGCAAUUGACACCUACUCAGCAACACGCACCUGCAAAAUCACUCGUUGUAACGCUCGAAUUGCACGUACGCAAUGACUUGAGUGAUAGUGAUGUGCUUGAGCUCACGCGUUGGGCAUGGGAGCGCGUGGUGAGUGCAUUGAGGCUUGGGUCGAGGAGUGUAGGAGAUUUGAGAGAGGAGGCAGAAGUUACUGUUGGCGUGGUUCGGGAGUAA